AGAACACGUGUGGAAGUGAUUCUGGAAGGAAAAAAAGUGAAGGAAGAAAAGAAAUGCCGAGAAAUGUGACGAGAAUUUGAAAGAAAAAAAAUAAAGAAAGAAUCAAAACAAAACAGGAGACGGAAAGGAAGGAAAAAGAAAAACAAAACAAAAACAAGAGUCGAAAAAAAGGUGCAAAAAAUAUCUCUUGUAAACAAAAAACAAACAAACAAACAAACAAUGACGUCAACAAAUGAAGCCAGGCAAACAAAUAGGACUGACCAAACGGCUUCCUAAAACAACAACAACAACAACAAUAACAACAGGAAAACAGCCACGUGUGCACCAAAUCUGCGUGUGUGUGUGUGCGUGUGUACGUGUGUGUGUGUGUGUGUAAGUACGCGCCAGGCAAUCAACUACCUCAAAAAAAAAAAAAAAUCACACACACAACACGUGACUCAAAACUGUGCGUGUGUGUGUGUACGUGAGUGUGUGCGUCAGUGAGUGUGUGUGUGUGUGUGCGUGAAGCUGAACCACACGCACACACCACCACCACCACCACCACCUAAGCCUGUGCGUGUGUGUGUACGUGUGUGUACGUGAAAAAAGGAACCCAACAAAGUCCCUCACACACACACACACACACACACACACACACACACAUACGUAAAGGAGCUUGUUGAAGAGCCGCUCCACCACCACCACCUCCACCUCCACCACCACCUUCACUCCUCUCCUCCCGGCGCCCUGUGGAUGGUUCGACAUGGUGGAACUCGUGGAGCGGGUUGAGCACUACAAAGAUUCCACGUUCAAAUACCACUACCCGCACCUCGCUCUUGCCCCGGACUCGCCAGCUGAGAUAUCCGAGAUGUGGCAGGACAUCGAGACGCUGCUCAUGACGGAGGGCAGCCCUGUGGUGGGUCCCCUGGGGGCGCCUCCCCCCCACCCUACCUUCCAGUACUCCCCCCACACCUUCUCGCCCACACCCCCGCACCCCCUACUGGCCUCCCCCGCCCUCAGGCUGCCGGAGGACAAGACCAAGGCCAAGCUGUCCCCGGGCUCCUCCGUGCUGGCCCCCCCCUGCCCCCAGCCCCCCCCGCUCAGCAACCCCUCCACGCCCCAGCCCCCGCCCCUGCAGUCCCCCACCCUGCCACAGCACCUGCCCCCACACCCCCCCCAGGCACCCCAUCCCCCGCCCUCCGCCCCCGCACCCCCGCCCACCCCAGAGCUCCCACGCCACCAUGAGGGCCCCCAGGUCGUGCCCACCAGUCCCCCCCUGCCCUCUCCGGUGGGCGUUGGGGUGGGGUGCCAGGGCGCCGCCCCCUCACCCGGCCUGCACCUCCCCCCCUACCACCCCCACCAGUACCUGGAGCCCAAGUACCAGUGCGCGCCCCCCCAGCACGGCCCCCCUCACGCCCCCCAGCAGGCGGAGUGCGGCGAGGCUAAGUUCGUGGACGGCGCCAAGUACAGCCUGGAGGCGGACUUCCUGGUGCCGGACCCCAAGUACGGCUACGGCGGCGGCGGCGGCGGCGCCAAGCCCGAGGCGCGCUACGACCCGCAGGCCGAGCUGGGCGGCGGCGGCGGCGGCGCGGGAGGCACUGGAGGCGUGGUGAGCUGGGGCGUGGACUCCGCCGGCUUCCCUUGCAAGGACUGCCCCCCGCCCCCCCAGGGCCCGCAGCCCCCGCCGCCCCCGCCCCCGCCGGUGUCUUCUGCGCCGUCGCAGUACACGCCGAGCUCUUACGUCAGCAGCGACUACUCCGCCGCCUACUACUCCCCGUCCUCCUACUCCAUGUACCCCGCCGGUGCGCCCUCGCCCACGCCCUGGGGCCUGGGCGGCCAGAUGGGCGGCUACCAGUACACCACGCAGAUCCCGCCGCUCACCAUGCCGCUCAGCGACCCGCCGCCGCCGCCGCCCAAGCCCCGCCGGCGGAGGGCCAAGCGGAAGGUGACCAUACACUCCUGCCCGUACGAAGGCUGCACCAAGACCUACAUCAAGUCCUCGCACCUCAAGGCGCACCUGCGCACGCACACGGGGGAGAAGCCGUACCUGUGCUCCUGGAAGGGCUGCGGCUGGAAGUUCGCGCGGUCGGACGAGCUGACGAGACACUACCGCAAGCACACGGGCGACCGCCCCUUCCAGUGCCGCCUGUGCGAGCGAGCCUUCAGCCGCUCCGACCACCUCAGCCUGCACAUGAAGCGGCACAUAGCGAUCUGAGGGCCGGAGGAAGAGGAGGCGUUAGGCGGGACGAGAAUGAGGAAGAAGAAGAGGAAGAGGAGGAGUUACGAGCUGAGGGGAGAAGAUCUGAAGCUGUUAGGCUGGACGAGGAGGGAGAGGAGGAAGAGGGAGAGGAGUGGUUGUGAGAUUGUCAAAAGGAGUAAAAGAAGGAGUAGUGUUUGGAGGAGUAUGAAGAGAAAGAAAAGUAUGAAGAGAAGGAGAAGGAGGAGGAGGAGAAGAAAGAGUGUUUGUAAGAGGAUCAAGAGGAGAAAGAGUGCAAGGAGAUACGAUGCUAGGCUCUCAGGGUGGAGGAAAAAAGAGGAGGAGGAGGAGGAGCAAGAGGAAGAGGAGUUGGUUGUAUUUCCUUCGUCGUAAGCAAGAGUUUGAAGAGGAAGAAAAUGAAGGAAGAGGAAGUGAAGGGAGAAGAGGAGGAAACGGUGCUAUGUAAGGAGGGAGGAAGAGGAGGAAGAGGAGGAAAAGAAAGAGGAGGAAGAGAGGUUUGCUAAAUACGUGAGGAAAAGAGGAAACUAAUAAUAAUAAUAAUAAUAAUAAUAAUGAUAGUUAAUAUUUUUUUUUACAAUGUUCCUCCUCCUCCUCCUCCUCCUUCUCCUCCUCCUCCUCUUACUCCUCCUCCUUCUCCUCCUCCUCCUCCUCUUGUUUUCCUCCCUGUAAUUCC